AUGGGCGACGUAGGCAAGCAGUUUAGGCCGAUUGCGCCUCGGACUAUGCCCCCAGGCGGCGGAAGUGGGAGUCCUCAACCGCCGAAUGGCGGCAAUGGACACUCUGAUGACGGCAGGAUGAAACGGGCCUCCACGGCCUGUAAAGAGUGCCAGAAGCGUCGGACAAGGUGUAGCAUGAAUGGAUCAGGACAUAGCUGCACUGAAUGUGAGACUCACGGUCGAGAUUGUCUCUUCGAUGAAACGUCCGACAGACGCCGCAAAGCGGCCGCAAAGCGAACACAGGAGGAUCUCGCCAACCUGCGGGAAUUCGUGGAGCAGCUUCUCCAGCUGUUCCGGGCCGGCGACAACAACACGGUCCAACACCUCAUCCACCAGAUUCGCUCCGGCGCCUCGCAGGAAGAAAUUCGCGUCGUCGUCCUUCAAUACCUUGGUCAAAUCGGCCAGUUGAAUCCCAAUAUGAUGAACAACACCAACAACUUCUUUAAUGAUCAAUAA